AUGUCAACAACAGAGAACACAACAACAGUUAUAGUCCAUGAAGCUAUAAAUGAAGAAUAUGAGUGGGUUCAGUUUAACAAACAACUCCGUCUCAUUCGUUCGGUCAAAGACGAUAUGUACCAAAUGCAAAGUAUUUUGACAGCAUGUUUUGCUCCAGAUACUAAGCUUCCUAAAGACUGGUUUAGGAACCAAAGCACACAAGAACUUUUGAGCGAAGCACAGCGAGACAUACUUUUUUCUGAAAACAGUGAAGAACAGCGAGUAGGUAAAAAACCCCAGUCGCCAAAACUCUAUGAAAAUCGUGAAAAAUUGCCAAACGGUUUGAGAGGAUAUUAUGUACAUAGACUUCUUGUAAAUGCUGUUGCAAUGUGGGCUUCGCCUCGUUAUGCUUGGUAUAUUUACAGACUUCUUGACGAAAUUCAUAGACAAGAACGUGAAGAGAUGGAAAACAAGCUUGAAGCAAAAGACAAAAGCAUUCAGAAAAGAAUACCACGUUCGGUACCAAAAGGAAAGGAAAAGAACUAUAAGUAUAUGAUUUAUACUGAAGAGAUGGAAAAUGAAGAAGAUAAAGAUAUGGUUAUGUUGCAUUUAGUCAGAAGAAACAACAAAAGCUUUUACGACCUUGCUAAGAUUUACAAAUCUGACAGAAAUUGGUUCUAUCGCGAAAACUUACCGAUUUCAAUGACCCCAAAUGAAGAUGUGAAACAAAUAGUUCAAGAUACGUUACCUCAAACACACUAUGAUAUGAAAGGUUGUACAAUACUUACCUUCAAAGAAGACUUACCGCUACUGAAAGAAAAAAUAACAGAGUAUUUUGACAACUUCAAACAAGCAGAGUAA